GUCUGCAGGGGUCUCCAUAGAAGGCAUCAGGAUGUCGUAUUUCGGGGAGCAUUUUUGGGGCGAGAAGAACCACGGCUUUGAGGUUCUGUACCACAACAUGAAGCAGGGCCCCAUCUCCACCAAGGAGCUGGCAGAAUUCAUCCGGGAGAGGGCCACUAUCGAGGAGACCUACUCGAAAGCGAUGGCAAAACUUUCCAAGCUGGCCAGCAACGGGACCCCCGUGGGGACCUUUGCCCCGCUCUGGGAGGUCUUCCGUGUCUCCUCGGACAAGCUGGCGCUCUGCCACCUGGAGCUGACCCGGAAGCUGCAGGACCUCAUCAAGGACGUGCUCCGCUACAGCGAGGAGCAGCUCAAGAUGCACAAGAAGCUGAAAGAGGAGGCAGGGGGCACCCUGGACGCUGUGCAGGUCCUCGCGGGCGUCAGCCAGCUCCUGCCCAAGUCCCGGGAGAACUACCUGAACCGGUGCAUGGACCAGGAGCGGCUGCGCAGGGAGAGCACCAGCCAGAAGGAGAUGGACAAGGCAGAGACCAAGACCAAGAAGGCGGCCGAGAGCCUGCGGCGCUCCGUGGAGAAGUACAACUCCGCCCGCGCUGACUUCGAGCAGAAGAUGCUGGACUCGGCUCUGCACUUCCAAACCAUGGAAGAGACCCACCUGCGGCACAUGAAGACCCUGCUGGGCUCCUACGCCCACUCGGUGGAGGACACGCACGUGCAGAUCGGGCAGGUUCACGAGGAGUUUAAGCAAAAUAUAGAGAACAUCAGCGUGGAAAUGCUGCUGAGAAAGUUUGCAGAAAGCAAGGGCACGGGCCGGGAGAAGCCUGGGCCGUUGGACUUUGAGGCGUACAGCGCAGCCGCCCUGCAGGAAGGCAAGUACGUCUGGCCCUGGAUGCCCAGGCUGGACUGUAGGGAAAGGGAGCCCGACUCACCGCUUGUCCUCCAGGCCUGUGCAGAAGUGGAUGAAGAAGGUUUCACUGUCCGGCCUGAUGUGACCCAGAACAAUACAGCUGAGCACUCCCGCUUCUCAUCCAGCGACUCAGACUUUGACGACGAAAGCCCCCGCAAGUUCUACGUGCACAUCAAGCCCGCCCCGGCCCGGGCCCCGGCCUGCAGCCCCGAAGCGGCUGCCGCACAGCUCAGGGCCACGGCCGGCAGCCUCAUCCUCCCUCCAGGCCCGGGGGGCACCAUGAAACGCCACUCCUCGCGGGAUGCUGCUGGGAAGCCACAGAGGCCUCGGUCUGCCCCGAGGGCCAGCAGCUGCACGGAGAAGCUUCAAUCAGAUGAGCUGGCCUCCAAGACCCUCUUUGGGCCACCCCUAGAGUCAGCCUUUGACCACGAAGACUUUACAGGUUCCAGCAGCCUCGGCUUCACCUCCAGCCCCUCGCCUUUCUCCUCCUCAUCGCCGGAGAACGUGGAAGACUCCGGCCUGGACUCACCAUCGCACGCAGCACCUGGCCCCUUCCCAGAUUCCUGGGCCCUCCGCCCGGGCACCCCGCAGAGCCCACCUACCUGUAGGCCGCAGCCACCCGAGUCGAGGGGGACACGGCCCCUGCUGUCAUCAGACUCGCCACUGCCCCUUGCGGCAUCCCCAGGCCCCUGGGGGCGGGAGGCUGUGGCUGGAGGCGACCCGACGCCCGGACCUGCUGACCUUCCGGCCACGGAGGGCCUGGCAGCCCCACCCCGGAGGCCCCGCUCCCGGAAGGUGUCCUGCCCCCUCGUGAGCAGCAACGGGGAUCUGUCUCAUUCUCUGAGCUCCUCCCCGCUGGGCUCCUCCGUCCCCGGCACCGCCCCCGAGCGCUCCAGCGUCCUCUCGCAGACGGGACACGGAAUCUCCCGGGGCCCAAGCCCUGUGGUCCUGGGCUCCCAGGAUGCCCUGCCGGUGGCCACCGUCUUCACCGAGUAUGUCCACGCCUACUUCCGUGGCCACAGCCCUAGCUGCCUGGCUCGAGUAACUGGGGAACUCACCAUGACCUUCCCAGCCGGCAUUGUGCGUGUGUUCAGCGGGACCCCACCCCCACCGGUCCUCAGCUUCCGUCUUGUACACACCACCCCCAUCGAGCACUUCCAGCCCAAUGCCGACCUGCUCUUCAGCGACCCCUCCCAGAGCGACCCCGAGACCAAAGACUUCUGGCUCAACAUGACAGCCCUGACGGAGGCCCUGCAGCGCCAAGCAGAGCAGAAUCCAGCCGCCUCCUACUACAAUGUGGUGCUGCUGCGGUACCAGUUCUCCCGCCCGGGCCCCCAGUCUGUGCCGCUGCAGCUGAGCGCCCACUGGCAGUGUGAGGCGACCCUCACGCAGGUCUCGGUGGAGUACAGCUACCGGCCCGGUGCCACGGCCGUGCCCACGCCACUCACCAAUGUCCAGAUCCUGCUGCCUGUGGGGGAGCCUGUGACCAAUGUCCGCCUGCAGCCGGCUGCCACCUGGAACCUGGAGGAGAAGCGGUUCCUAUGGAAGCUUCCAGAUGUGUCCGAGGCCGGGGGUUCUGGCCACCUGUCUGCCAGCUGGGAGCCGUGCUCAGGGCCCAGCACGCCCAGCCCCGUGGCCGCUCAGUUCACCAGCGAAGGGGCCACUCUGUCGGGCGUGGACGUGGAGCUGGUGGGCAGUGGCUACCGCAUGUCGCUGGUAAAGAGAAGGUUCGCCACAGGGAUGUACCUGGUGAGCUGCUGAGCCGGGAGGCUGACCAGCCCACUGGCCCCAGCUCUGCAGAGUCCUGGUGCUUGGUGACUGCUCCCUGCCUGCCUGCCGGAUGCUGGGGUCCCAACCUGGCCUCCUCCGAGGCCCUGACUCUGUGGAGAGGAGCCCCACGCCCAGCCUGGCUGAGCCGGAGAUUCACUUCCGCUCAUACCAGCUCCCACACAGGUCCUUGGACUUUUAA